AUAAUGCCUUGAGGGCUUUAACGCGGCCGCACGAAGCAUGCAUGUCUCAUACCCAAAGUAGCCACAGCGCCUGCAUUCCCACAAUAGCGGCAGCCCGGAGCAGAUGCUUCCAGUGUGCUUAUCUGGCUGUGCUUUUCACUUUGGGACAAAGUUCUAUAAUCAUAUCUCAUGGAUUUAUUUUCUCCACACUGUAAAGCCUGAAUUGUGAAGAUCUCAUCAUGCCAUAAAGGGCAGCAUGAGCCAAGUUCUGGGGGCUGCUAAGGAUUUCUUUGCCUUUUUUUUCCCACCCUUUUUGGAGAUGUGUAUCAGGAAAAGGCUUUGCCUUUAGAGAGAAAUUUUACUGCUCUUGCCAAUAAUGUGUAAGACUAUUAAAUUUAAUGGCAGACCUUGAAGUGUAUAAAAACUUAAGUCCAGAAAAAGUUGAAAGAUGCAUGAGUGUGAUGCAGUCCGGGACACAGAUGAUCAAGCUGAAACGUGGAAGCAAAGGGCUUGUUCGCCUCUUUUACCUGGAUGAGCACCGGACGCGCCUCCGAUGGCGACCCUCCAGGAAGAGUGAGAAGGCGAAAAUACUUAUUGAUUCCAUUUACAAAGUGACUGAGGGCCGGCAGUCUGAAAUAUUCCACAGACAAGCUGAGGGGAACUUCGACCCCAGCUGCUGCUUCACCAUCUACCAUGGCAACCACAUGGAGUCCCUGGACCUCAUCACCUCCAACCCCGAGGAGGCCCGCACUUGGAUCACAGGCCUCAAGUACCUGAUGGCUGGCAUCAGUGAUGAAGACUCCCUUGCCAAAAGGCAGAGGACCCAUGACCAAUGGGUGAAGCAGACCUUUGAGGAGGCUGAUAAAAAUGGUGAUGGCUUGUUGAAUAUUGAAGAGAUACAUCAGCUGAUGCAUAAACUGAAUGUUAAUCUGCCCCGAAGAAAAGUCAGACAAAUGUUUCAGGAAGCUGACACAGAUGAGAAUCAGGGAACUUUGACAUUUGAAGAGUUCUGUGUUUUUUACAAAAUGAUGUCUUUGAGACGAGACCUUUAUUUGUUGCUUUUGAGCUACAGUGACAAGAAAGAUCACCUAACUGUGGAAGAACUGGCUCAAUUUUUGAAGGUGGAGCAAAAGAUGAAUAAUGUGACAACGGACUAUUGUCUUGACAUCAUAAAGAAGUUUGAAGUUUCAGAAGAAAAUAAGGUGAAAAGUGUUCUUGGCAUAGAAGGCUUCACAAACUUCAUGCGUAGUCCUGCCUGUGACAUAUUUAACCCAUUGCACCAUGAAGUGUAUCAAGACAUGGAUCAGCCCCUCUGCAACUACUACAUUGCUUCCUCUCACAAUACAUACCUGACUGGGGACCAGCUCCUUUCUCAGUCCAAAGUGGAUAUGUAUGCACGGGUGCUGCAAGAGGGCUGUCGCUGCGUGGAAGUUGACUGUUGGGAUGGCCCGGAUGGAGAGCCAGUAGUACAUCAUGGUUACACUCUCACUUCAAAAAUUCUCUUCAGAGAUGUUGUGGAGACCAUCAACAAGCACGCCUUUGUGAAGAAUGAAUUUCCGGUUAUAUUGUCUAUCGAGAAUCACUGCAGUCUCCAGCAGCAAAGGAAGAUUGCUCAGUACCUGAAAGGAAUAUUCCGAGACAAACUGGACCUGUCAUCUAUUGAUACAGGGGAGUGCAAGCAGCUUCCAAGCCCUCAAAGUUUGAAAGGCAAAAUUCUAGUGAAGGGUAAGAAGUUGCCUUAUCAUCUUGGGGAUGAUGCAGAGGAAGGGGAAGUUUCCGAUGAGGACAGUGCAGAUGAAAUUGAAGACGAGUGCAAAUUCAAGCUCCAUUAUAAUAAUGGGACCACUGAGCAUCAGGUGGAAUCUUUCAUAAGGAAAAAACUGGAGUCACUGUUAAAAGAAUCUCAAAUUCGAGAUAAAGAAGAUCCUGAUAGUUUCACAGUGAGGGCACUAUUGAAGGCCACGCAUGAAGGCUUAAAUGCACACCUGAAGCAGAGUCCAGAUGUAAAGGAAAGUGGAAAGAAAUCACAUGGACGAUCGCUCAUGACCAACUUCGGAAAACAUAAGAAAACUACAAAAUCACGGUCUAAAUCUUACAGUACUGAUGAUGAGGAAGACACACAGCAGAAUACUGUCAAGGAGGGUGGCCAGCUGUACAGAUUGGGUCGCCGAAGGAAAACCAUGAAGCUCUGCCGAGAACUCUCUGAUUUGGUUGUGUACACAAACUCCGUGGCCGCUCAGGACAUUGUGGAUGACGGAACCACAGGAAAUGUGUUAUCAUUCAGUGAAACAAGAGCACAUCAGGUUGUUCAGCAAAAAUCAGAGCAGUUCAUGAUUUAUAAUCAAAAGCAACUCACGAGGAUUUACCCCUCUGCCUACCGCAUUGAUUCCAGUAACUUCAACCCGCUCCCCUACUGGAACGCAGGCUGCCAGCUAGUGGCACUGAAUUAUCAAUCCGAAGGACGAAUGAUGCAGUUAAACCGAGCCAAAUUCAAGACAAAUGGCAACUGUGGCUACGUCCUCAAACCCCAGCAAAUGUGCAAAGGUACUUUCAAUCCUUUCUCUGGUGACCCUCUUCCUGCCAACCCCAAAAAGCAGCUCAUCCUAAAAGUUAUCAGUGGACAGCAACUCCCCAAACCUCCAGACUCCAUGUUUGGAGAUCGAGGCGAGAUCAUUGACCCUUUUGUUGAAGUUGAAAUUAUUGGAUUGCCGGUAGAUUGUUGUAAAGAUCAAACCCGUGUGGUAGAUGACAAUGGAUUUAACCCUGUGUGGGAAGAAACGCUGACAUUUACAGUACACAUGCCAGAAAUAGCUUUGGUUCGGUUCCUCGUGUGGGAUCAUGAUCCCAUUGGACGAGACUUUGUUGGGCAAAGAACUGUGACCUUCAGCAGCUUAGUGCCUGGCUACCGGCAUGUCUAUUUGGAAGGACUGACAGAAGCAUCCAUAUUUGUACACAUAACCAUCAAUGAAAUCUAUGGAAAGUGGAGCCCUUUAAUACUCAAUCCCAGUUAUACUAUAUUGCACUUUCUAGGAGCUACAAAGAAUAGACAACUCCAGGGUCUGAAGGGACUGUUCAAUAAGAAUCCUAGGCACAGUUCUGCAGAAAACAAUUCCCAUUAUGUACGGAAACGAUCGAUUGGAGAUAGAAUUCUGCGACGCACAGCCAGCGCCCCGGCCAAAGGCAGGAAAAAGAGCAAAAUGGGCUUCCAAGAAAUGGUGGAGAUAAAGGAUUCAGUGUCCGAGGCCACAAGAGACCAAGAUGGCGUGCUGAGGAGGACCACACGCAGUUUGCAAGCACGUCCUGUCUCCAUGCCUGUUGACAGAAACCUUCUGGGAGCUUUGUCGCUGCCUGUAUCUGAAACAGCAAAAGACAUUGAAGGAAAAGAAAACUUUCUGGUACAAAUCUGAAUAGGAAACAACUUAAGCAGAAGAUAAAGAUGGCAGAAGAAAAGGGAAAGCAAGUAUAAAAGAUCCACAUUUUCUAAAUUUCAACAAAAAGUUAUCGUCCUCCUCCAGUGCUCUUCUCCACAAAGAUAUCAUCCAAGGGGACGCCAUUGUAUCUACUGCCGACAUGUCAGUCACAGGAGAACAGCUGGGCAUGUCAAGUCCUAGGGGUGGGAGAACCACAUCAAAUGCCACAAGUAAUUGCCAGGAAAACCCCUGUCCCAGCAAGUCUCUCUCCCCAAGGCAGCAUUUGGCUCCUGAUCCUGUAGUUAACCCCACACAAGAUCUACAUGGUAUGAAAAUCAAGGAAAAGGGGAAUGCUGAGGGCUUUGUGGAAGGGAAAAGCAUCUUGUCAGGAAGUAUCCUUUCUCAUAGCAACCUAGAAAUUAAGGACCUGGAAGGUAAUAGGGGUAAGGGCCGAGCUGCAACAUCCUUUUCUUUGUCAGAUGUUUCCAUGCUGUGUUCUGACAUACCUGACCUACAUUCAACUGCAAUUCUGCAGGAGAGUGAAAUUUCCCAUCUUAUUGACAAUGUCACUUUAACAAAUGAGAAUGAGCCAGGCAGUUCCAUCUCAGCCCUGAUUGGCCAGUUUGAUGAGACCAAUGAUCAGGCUCUCACAGUUGUUUCUCAUCUUCAUAAUACCAGUGUGAUGUCAGGCCAUUGUCCCUUGCCUAGCGUGGGCCUAAAAAUGCCCAUCAAGCAUGGUUUUUCCAAGGGAAAAUCCAAGUCUUCCUUCCUGUGCUCAUCUCCGGAGCUGAUAGCACUCUCGAGUCCUGAGACCGCCAAACAUGCAACGAACACAGUUUAUGAAACUACCUGCACUCCCAUCUCUAAAACCAAACCAGAUGAUGACCUUUCUAGUAAGGCCAAGACAGGGGCUGUAGAAAGCAACCUUCCUGGGUCCCCUAAUACUUCUCAUGACUGGUUACCAAAAAGUCCUACCAAGGGAGAAGACUGGGAAACACUGAAGAGCUGCAGCCCUGCCUCUUCCCCUGAUUUGACCCUGGAGGAUGUAAUAGCUGAUCCCACUCUCUGUUUCAAUUCUGGGGAGAGCAGCCUUGUGGAAAUUGAUGGAGAAUCAGAAAAUCUUUCUCUAACCACCUGUGAACAUAGGAGAGAGAGCACAAGUCAACUUGCUUCUCCUUUAAAACUCAAGUAUAGUCAGGGUGUGGUAGAACACUUUCAAAGAGGUUUGAGAAAUGGCUACUGUAAAGAGACCCACCACCCUUCUGUCCCUGAAAUAUUCAACAGUAUUCAAGAUGUCAAAACUCAAAGUAUUUCUUAUCUAGCCUAUCAGGGUGCUGGCUUUGUGCAUAACCAUUUCUCAGAUUCAGAUGCAAAAAUGUUCCAGACCUGUGUGCCCCAGCAGUCUAGUGCUCAAGAUAUGCAUGUUCCUGUACCUAAGCAGUUGGCACAUCUUCCUUUGCCUGCUCUGAAAUUGCCCAGUCCUUGCAAAUCCAAAAGUCUGGGGGACUUAACAUCAGAGGACAUUGCCUGCAAUUUUGAGAGCAAGUACCAGUGUAUUAGUAAGAGUUUUAUUACAACUGGCAUUAAAGACAAGAAGGGUGUGACUGUGAAGAAAAAGUCAUUAGAGCCUAUAGAUGCCCUGACCGAGCAGCUUCGGAAGCUUGUGUCCUUUGACCAGGAAGACAGCUGCCAAGUAAUAUAUUCAAAGCAGGAUGCCAAUCAGCUCCCCCGGGCACUAGUCAGGAAGUUGUCAUCCAGAAGUCAGAGCAGAGUGCGCAAUAUUGCUAGCCGUGCCAAGGAGAAACAGGAAGCCAACAAGCAGAAAGUUCCAAACCCCAGCAAUGGGGCAGGCGUGGUUCUUAGAAACAAACCCUCAGCACCCACCCCUGCAGUGAAUCGCCACUCCACCGGCUCCUACAUCGCAGGCUACCUGAAGAACACGAAAGGGGGUGGCCUUGAAGGCCGGGGCAUCCCGGAGGGGGCAUGCACAGCUCUUCACUAUGGCCAUGUUGACCAGUUGUGUUCAGAUAAUUCUGUUUUGCAGACUGAGCCAAGCAGUGAUGAUAAACCAGAAAUUUAUUUUCUUUUGAGACUGUGAAUUAAUAAAACUGCAUUCUUAAGGUUUACAAGGUAUUCUGUAGAAUGUCGGAGUUUUCAGUAAAUAAGUUCCUUGGCUUUGGAAUGAUUUUCAAAUGUAUUUUUAAACUUGUAUUUCGGUCUCCUUUUGACUUCAUGUGUUUUCCCUGUUAAUGCGUUUGUAUAUAGAUUUAGUGAUGUUUCCCAUGUACCUAUUAUGAUCUUUCUCCCUUGAGGUGUUGUAAACUAUUAUCAGUAUGAAAUAUGUGCAUGCCCUAGAUGUGAAACUCCUCAGCAGCUCGGGUUAUAAUGUGUGUGUAUUUCACCAAGAUGUCCUUUACUGUGUCCUCAGAUUGCGUCACAAAUGUAGUCAUUUUUACUCUCUAACUGUUGAGUUGAUUAAGAGACUUUGCAAAUGACAAAGGGAUGAAUUCCUUACUUUAAUCUGUUAUCAUUUUUCCUACGUUUCCCUCUUUGUUGAGAAGCCCAGAUGCAUUUUUAUAACUCAGUUUUAAAAACUUUAAAAUAGUUACCUUGCCUUUUAGGAUGUUCUUAUCCCACCCAUAAAGAGAGUUUAAAGGGGAUGGAUAGCUGCUCCCCAUGCCCUCCCCACUUUUUGGAAUAGGCUGUGAGGGUGUGAGGAAGAAGGCCGUCUUUUGUAUAUAAGGACAAAAUUGUUUGUUUUACAUAAAUUUUGUUACAUAUUUUUGCUAAUGGCUUUGUAUGUAACAAGAAGCCAGUUGCCAAACUACUUGUACUUUUGAAUUUUCUGAUUGAAUGACAGACUGCGAACAAUGGCUUUCAGAAUGAGGGACUUCCAUCAGACGCUAAUGAUAAUAGUAGCACAAACUGAAAACUUCCCCAAAGCUUUCAAAGAAUAUUUUCUCAUAAUAAAAUCCGAGUGAAUAGAUAAUUAGAAGAAACCUUUUUCCUUCAGGGAACCAAGCAACUCUAUUUUAGUACUGACAUGCAUUAUUUUCACUGUGAAUUCACUUUUUUAUUGCAUGUCCAGAUGUCCCUCUUUGUUUUUUUUUUUUUGUAACAUUGACUGCAAUGAUGUUCUUCCUGGAAUUCAUGAAAAUAUAAUUAAAACACAUUUUUAAACA